CACAAUCUGUAGCUGCUAGAAGGACAGGGAGAAAUGGCUGAUGCCAUAGCUGAUACAAGAAGGCUUUUCACCAAGCCUCAGAACUUAAAUGAUGCUUAUGGGCCUCCAAGUAACUUUCUAGAGAUUGAUGUGAGCAACCCUGAGACCGUCGGGGUCGGCAGAGGCAGAUACACCACGUAUGAAGUCAGACUGAAGACUAACCUGCCCAUCUUCAAGCUGAAGGAGUCUUGUGUACGGAGGCGGUACAGCGACUUUGAGUGGCUCAGAGCGGAGCUGGAGAGGGAGAGCAAGGUGGUCGUACCGCCUCUCCCAGGAAAGGCUCUUUUCCGGCAGCUUCCGUUUCGAGGGGAUGAUGGCAUAUUUGAUGACUCUUUCAUCGAGGAGCGGAGACAGGGUCUGGAGCAGUUUCUCAACAAAGUGGCCGGUCACCCUCUAGCUCAGAACGAACGAUGCCUGCACAUGUUUCUACAGGAUGAGUCUGUGGACAAGAACUACACCCCAUCCAAAAUCAGACAAGCCUGAAAAGAAAAGACGGCUCUGCUCGGCCUGCUCCGGCUCGGCCCCGCUCAGCCUAGCUUUGCCUGACAACCCAAAGCUCUCUUCACUACUCCAGGUUUCUCUCAAUCAAUAAACAUUUCAGUGACAACUUCUCCCUCCCCCAUGCCCCCCCCCAAAGUAAUAUCAUUCACUGCCUCUUUUAGUUUAAUUAGUUACCUUGAUCGGUGUUUGUUUUCACCUUCUAAUUGGAGUCAGGAAUGUUCGACACAUAACUGUGGUUGAAAGUAAUUUAUAGUAAUUUCUCUUUGUCUGGAAAUGCCACUAACAUGGAUAUAUUAUGUAUUUAUCAUUUAGCUAUGUCUUGAAUAUAUUCAUUUAUAUAGUAACAUUAAAUGAGCUUUCUAUGUAUGCAGAGCUCUUGUAAUGACCCACAGCGUUUCCCCAUCCAGUACUGGCAUGUUGCUCACCAUAACUAGCAACUUAAACACACACAGACACACAUCGGAUGGGCCUCGACGUUCAAAAUCACACUUAGUUGAUCCUCUAAUUCAAAAGGAAGCAUGUGUGUGUGUUUGUCAACCAGCACCUGCCCAAUUAUCACAACCAUUUUCUAUUAAGAAAUUUACACAGAGGGAACUGCAGUAUUUCUACUGGCUAUAUGCAUUUUGAGAUUUGUAUACUGCUGUGCCAUUUUUGUUUAUUUUGAAGAUUUUCCAAUAAAAUAGGUGAAAUGUC